AUGCAAGGUAAUUCAAGGUUCAAGGCAUUCAAGGCAGGGUUUGUUCAACAUGGCAUACCUGGAAUUCGAGUUGCAUUUGAAGAAUGGUAUGGUAAAGGAAAAGAAAUAUUGGUUCAGAAAAGGAAGAUUUCAUUAAAAAAUCAGGAUUUCUAUUCAUUGAUAAAUGUUCAGUAUCUUAACUACGGGUUUGCUAUCAAUAUACAUAGCACAUGUUCAAGCCCUAAUGUGGACCUCUUAUCCUGUGCGUCUUGGUGUCUUCUGUUGAGUAGGGUUGGGGAUGAUUUUAUGGUUUACCUACUAAAGAAUACAUCAAUAUUUUUGCCAGCUUCCCAUGGAAAACACUACCAGAUGGGAGGUCCUCCAAUCAGCGGUCUAUGCUUUGAUAUGUUGAAGAAGUGUUCAUCAAAAUUUGACCAUCAGCAUUCUUCACUUUAUAAAUGCGAAGCACGAAAGAGAAAAAGAUCUGCUGACGUUGAUGACACAACAGUACAAAAACAAAAGCGUCAUAUUUCUUGCAAUGCCGAUGACCCCGUUGGCUUUGCAAGUAAUCUAGGUUUGACGGAUGAGCUUUCAAUGCAAUUGAAUAGGUAUCAUGAGAGCAGGAGCUAUGAUGCCAGUGCCUCUGAAGCUCCUAAGUCUACUAGAGCUGCUACUGUUAUAAAGAAGUCAGAGUCAGAAGGGAAACCAGACUUGAAUUGUGUUACAACUAGGACUGGGAAGGGAUCUAGGCCAUGUAGUUGGAAGAGGCGUAAAUGCAAAAAGCAGAAGCAAUCAACUGCUGAAGAUGUUGAUCUAAAUAUUCAAUGCAAGUUGCUUCCAAAUAAUACAGAUUGCAUGCUUGCUAAUCAACAGCAUGGUAACACCAACUAA